AUGGUAAUCCUCAACAGGCAUCGACUUCUGCCAUUUGUCCAGAGACGGUUUAUCCAGGGUUAUUCAUGGAAGGACAGUUCUGUCUAUUAUGGAAAAUUUAUUCGUCCGUUGCCUGAUGGGGUUAAACCGACUCAUAUAAUUGUUGGUGCUGGUUCUGCUGGAUGUGUUUUGGCAAACCGGUUAACCGAAGAUCCCCAAAAUCGAGUUCUUUUAAUUGAGGCUGGUCCCAGAGAUUAUUGGUGGAAUUGGAAAAUUCAUAUGCCUGCAGCUUUAAUGUACAAUCUGAAGAAUAGUAAUUAUAAUUGGGUUUAUUACACUACAUCGCAAGAAAAAAUGAACAAUCGCGCAAUUUAUUGGCCUCGUGGACGUGUUUGGGGUGGUUCAAGCUCGUUAAAUGCAAUGGUUUAUAUUCGUGGACAUCCUUUGGAUUAUGACCGAUGGGAAAAAGAAGGAGCAAAAGGAUGGGCUUUCAAAAAUUGCCUUCCAUACUUCAAAAAAGCCCAACACCACGAGCUCUCAACAGGUAUUGAAGACCCAUUCAGAGGCAGUCAAGGACCCCUUUACGUAACACAAGGACGUUGUGAAAAUCCUCUUCAUCAAGCUUUUUUGGAGGUUGGAAAGCAACACUCUAUUGGGUCAACGGAAGAUAUGAACGGGUUUAAGCAAGAAGGAAUUGGUCCAAUGGAUAUGACAAUAAAAGAUGGAAAGAGAUGGAGUGCCUCUUCUGCUUAUCUAAAUCCGAUUCUUGACAGGCCAAAUUUAUAUACAACACAAGGAAUUACUUGCACACAAAUUUUGUUUGAUAAACACAGAGCUAUUGGAAUUGAAUUUAUUAGAAAAAUCAAUUUUACAACAACAUCUUUAAUAGAUGCUGGAUCUAGAGAAAAAAUUUAUUGUACUGAUGCUGUUAUUUUAGCUGCUGGUGCUAUUAAUACUCCUCAAUUGCUUAUGUUGAGUGGUGUUGGCGAUGGUGACCAUCUUUAUGUAUGCUUUUUAAUAUUUUAUAUUAUUUGGGAAUAUUGGGAUUUUUGUUGUCGGCCUACUUAUGAUAGAAUGAGACGUGUUGAAAAAAAAAGUCGGGCGCGUUUUAAAUCAGAUUUUUCAAAAUUUUCUUCAGUUCGGGGUUCGGGGGAAAAACCUCUCAAAAUUCCAAUAGUGCAAGAUAUGAAAGGUGUUGGUCGAAACCUUCAGGACCAUUUGGAAAUUUAUGUUCAACAGAAAUGUCUAAAACCAAUAACAUUAUAUAACAAAUCUACUUGGAAACAUCCACAUAGAAUGAUGCAAAUUGGGGCACAAUGGUUUUUAACAAAAACGGGUUUAGCAGCAAGUAGUCAUCUUGAAUCUGGUGGUUUUGCUAGGUCUAGUCCAGAGAUUCCACACCCAGACAUUCAAUUUCAUUUUCUACCUUCUACUGUUCACGAUGAUGGCCGUUCUUCUCCAAAAUGUCAUGGCUAUCAAGUACAUGUUGGCCCUAUGCGUUCAAAAUCUACAGGAAGAGUUUAUUUAAAAAGUAGCGAUCCUCGUGAGGCUCCUUUGUGUGAUCCUAAUUAUUUUGGUGAUGAAAAGGAUUGGGUGGAAUUUAGACAGUCUAUUCGUCUUUCAAGAGAAUUGUUUGCGCAAAGGGCAUUUGAUGAUUUUCGUGGGGAAGAGUUGGCGCCUGGAAAGGAUUGUCAAACUGAUGAAGAGAUUGACCAAUUUGUCGCGCAAUAUGCAGCUUCCGCUUACCACCCUUCUUGUACAUGUAAAAUGGGUUCAAGUAAUGAUAACUUGGCUGUAGUAGACCCAGAAACAAUGAAUGUUUAUGGGUUUGAAAAUUUGAAGGUAGUAGAUGCAAGUAUAAUGCCAUCAAUUAUUAGUGGAAAUUUAAACGCCCCAGUAAUUAUGCUUGCAGAAAAGGCGGCUGAUAUUAUAAGUGGAAAGGCUCCUUUACCCUCAGAAAAUCCGCCGAUUUGGUCGCCUCCUAAAAAUAAUUGA